UCGAAACACGUACCCUAAUCUAACCACUGUUGGUUGCUUCCAUGGCUUCCCCGCGAUCCUCCUACGGCUCAUCCGAGGAAGACGCCUCCUCCGACGGUUGUGACCACCAAGUUGUGGAGAAGCCGCCUGUACAGCAUGACUCCUCCGACGGAGAAGGAUCGGAGGAGGAGGAGGAGACGGAGCAUGAUGAAGAAUCGUCGGAGGAGGCGGGGGACAAUGUGUUGCCCGACGACAAUAGCCUCCACCAGCCGCCACUGCAAGGCGACACGGUCCCAGAUUCCGAAUCUGAGUCCGACAAGUCGCCGCCCAGGUCCCAACCCAAGAAGAAGGCCCUGGAUGCCCAACCUGUCGAGCCCAAAAGGAUGAGGACGGCCGAGUCGCCGCAGCCGAGGAUGCAAUCUGAGGUUGCUGAAGUUGCUCUGAUUAAGAGCGAUGUGGAGAAGGUAUUCCAAGACAAGAUCGAUUCUUAUGGGCACCUUGGGCAAGAGGUGUUGGCCCUAGAGGAGAAAUAUCCUGGGUUCUUCAAGUCUCCCUUCAUGAAGCUUCCUGAAGAGAAGGCCAGGACACUCAAUGCCAAACUUCAGAAGCAACACCUUGCAAAACUAAAGGCAUCGAUGCAGCUGGGUAUUAUCAGAAAGGAGGUGGCAAAUUCCCUCAUCAAUUUGCUCGACUGAAGUCAUGAUAUAUAUGUGUAUAUAUAUAUAUAUAUAUAGACCUGGAGCGAGCCGGAAAUGCGUUCAGUUUGUAGGUGUUAAGAGACAUUAUCAAGAAACAUAAGGAAGACAACAGAAGUGGGACCUAUUAUAUUGAGCCACAAUUCGCUAGUUGGUUAUUUCGGUUUCAGUUCUGCUCAGUUUUAUAUAUACUCUAUCUAUGUUACUACCGGUGUUAUCGAAUUUUGGUUCA